CUGGGGGGCUUGGGGCCUUGGCAAAGAUGGCGGCCUACCUUCAAUGGCGCCGCUUUGUUUUCUUCGACAAGGAUCUGGUUAAGGAACCUCUGGGCAAUGAUGGUCCCGCGCCCGGGGCCGCGCCUAACUCUGGAUCCGCUGCUUCCAAGUUCCUUUGCCUCCCUCCUGGCAUCACUGUCUGCGACUCAGGCCGAGGGAGCAUAGUCUUCGGAGAUAUGGAAGGCCAGAUUUGGUUCUUGCCCCGCUCCCUACAGCUUACAGGUUUCCAAGCCUACAAACUACGGGUGACACACCUGUACCAGCUGAAGCAGCAUAAUAUUCUAGCAUCUGUAGGUGAGGAUGAGCAGGGCAUCAAUCCCCUGGUGAAGAUCUGGAACCUGGAGAAGAGAGAUGGUGGCAAUCCACUCUGUACUCGAAUCUUCCCUGCCAUUCCUGGAACGGAGCCGACUGUUGUGUCUUGUUUGACUGUCCAUGAAAAUCUCAACUUUAUGGCCAUCGGUUUCACAGAUGGCAGUGUUACAUUGAACAAAGGAGACAUCACUCGGGACCGGCAUAGCAAAACCCAGAUUUUGCACAAGGGCAACUAUCCUGUUACUGGACUCGCCUUCCGCCAAGCGGGAAAGACCACUCAUUUGUUUGUUGUGACAACAGAGAAUGUUCAGUCCUAUCUAGUUUCUGGAAAGGACUGCCCUCGUGUGGAGUUGGAUACUCAUGGUUGUGGUCUACGCUGCUCAGCCCUAAGUGACCCUUCUCAGGACCUACAGUUCAUAGUAGCCGGGGAUGAGUGUGUCUACUUGUACCAGCCUGAUGAACGUGGGCCCUGCUUCGCCUUUGAGGGCCAUAAACUCAUUGCUCACUGGUUUAGAGGCUACCUUAUCAUUGUCUCCCGUGACCGGAAGGUUUCUCCCAAGUCAGAGUUUACCAGCGGGGACACACAGAGCUCUGACAAGCAGAUUCUCAAUAUCUAUGACUUGUGUAACAAGUUCAUAGCCUAUAGUGCUGUCUUUGAGGAUAUAGUGGACGUGCUUGCUGAGUGGGGCUCCCUGUACGUGCUGACGCGGGAUGGGCGGGUCCACGCACUGCAAGAGAAGGACACACAGACCAAACUGGAGAUGCUGUUUAAGAAAAACUUAUUUGAAAUGGCAAUUAACCUGGCCAAGAGCCAGCACCUGGAUAGUGAUGGAUUAGCCCAUAUCUUCAUGCAGUAUGGGGACCAUCUCUAUAGCAAGGGCAACCAUGAUGGGGCUGUCCAGCAGUAUAUCAGAACCAUCGGAAAGUUGGAGCCAUCAUAUGUGAUCCGCAAGUUUCUGGAUGCCCAGCGUAUCCACAACCUGACCGCCUACCUGCAGACUCUGCAUCGGCAGUCCCUGGCCAAUGCCGACCACACCACACUCCUGCUCAACUGCUACACCAAGCUCAAGGAUAGCUUGAAGCUGGAGGAGUUCAUCAAGACAAAGAGUGAGAGUGAGGUCCACUUUGAUGUGGAGACAGCCAUCAGGGUCCUCCGGCAGGCUGGCUACUAUUCUCAAGCCCUCUAUUUGGCCGAGGACCAUGCACAUCAUGAGUGGUACUUGAAGAUCCAGCUAGAGGACAUCAAGAACUAUCAAGAAGCCCUUAGGUACAUCGGCAAGCUGCCUUUUGAGCAGGCAGAAAGCAAUAUGAAACGCUAUGGCAAGAUCCUCAUGCACCAUAUUCCAGAGCAGAUGACCCAGUUGCUGAAGGGACUUUGUACCAACUAUCAGCCCAGCCCUGAAGGCCAACAUGACAAGGAGGCUCCAGUUUGCAGGGCCAACUCAGAGGAGUUUAUCCCCAUCUUUGCCAACAAUCCACGAGAGCUGAAAGCUUUCCUAGAGCACAUGAGUGCAGUGCAGCCCAACUCGCCACAGGGCAUUUAUGACACGCUUCUUGAAUUACGACUACAGAACUGGGCCCAUGAGAAGGAUCCACAGGUCAAAGAGAAGCUUCAUGCAGAGGCUGUCUCCCUUCUGAAGAGUGGCCGCUUCUGUGAUGUCUUUGACAAGGCCCUGGUCCUAUGCCAGAUGCAUGACUUCCAGGAUGGGGUCCUUUACCUCUAUGAGCAGGGGAAGCUGUAUCAGCAGAUUAUGCACUACCACAUGCAACAUGAGCAGUACCGGCAGGUGAUCGCUGUGUGUGAGUGCCAUGGGGAGCAGGAACCCUCCCUGUGGGAACAGGCACUCAGCUACUUUGCCCGCAAGGAGGAGGACUGCAAGGAGUAUGUGGCAGCUGUGCUCAAGCAUAUUGAGAACAAAAACCUCAUGCCACCCCUUUUAGGUACUUGGAAGGACAGGGUGGGUGGGCAGGUGUUAGCUGCUAAAAAUCAGGGGCUCUGGGGUAGGAGCUCUUCCACUUUGUCUAGAGGGCACUGCUUGGUUCAUUGUUUUGUUUCCUCUUGGACCCCAAUCUCAGUGGUGCAGACCCUGGCCCACAACUCCACAGCCACCCUGUCUGUCAUCCGGGACUACCUGGUCCAAAAACUGCAGAAACAGAGCCAGCAGAUUGCACAGGAUGAGCUCCGGGUACGGCGGUACCGAGAGGAAACCACCCGCAUCCGCCAGGAGAUUCUGGAGCUCAAGACGAGGCCAAAGAUUUUCCAGAAGACCAAGUGCAGCAUCUGUAACAGUGCCUUGGAGUUGCCCUCAGUCCACUUUCUCUGUGGACAUUCCUUCCACCAACACUGCUUUGAGAGUUACUCAGAAAGUGAUGCUGACUGCCCCACCUGCCUUCCUGAAAACCGGAAGGUCAUGGAUAUGAUCCGGAUCCAGGAACAGAAACGAGACCUCCAUGAUCAGUUCCAGCACCAGCUCAAGUGCUCCAAUGACAGCUUCUCUGUGAUUGCUGACUACUUUGGUCGGGGUGUUUUCAACAAAUUGACUCUGCUGACCGACCCUCCCAUAGCCAGGCUGACUGGAAGUCUGGAGUCCGGGCUGCAGCGGGACCUGCUUGUGCAUUCCAGGAGGGGCACUUAAGCAGCUCAUGGAAGGGGUGUGAUGGUGAAGCCACAGCAUUAGGAACUUGGGAAUCAAGCAGACAUGUGCAGGACUCCGCUCUGACUUGAUGCCAGUUUUCAGAACUAAAGGAGAUAUUUUCCCUGCCUUCUCUUUGGCCAGUCCACCACUUCUCCUGUUGACUUUUUGAACAGUGUAGAUUUUUCAAGACUAGUCAGGGAGGGCACCUCAGUAACCUCUGAGUAUGGUUAAUAGCUGCUUUAUCCUCUAACCAGGAGUACCACCCUGUGGUUGGGUCCUUGCUCCCAGAGUCUAUAAAUAAAAUGAUGAUUUUAGGGUUAAAUUUACUCUGGGGACCUGCUGAUGAUUCUAAACUGUAGAGUGUACUCUGCAUGCAUCCCUAAGAGCUCUACUUCCCUUACAGAGCUCCUUAAAGGUCGUGUUGGUAUGUGUAUAUGUGUAUAUAUAUAUUCACUCCAGAGAGAGAGAGGCAGGAAGGGGGAAAGAGAGAAACACUGGUGUGAGAGAAACAUCAUAGUUGGUUGCUUCCCUCACCCCUGAUCAGGAACUGAACCCACAACCUAGGUAUAUGCCCUGAAACCUUGGUUUACAGUAUGAUGCUCCAACCAACUGAGGCACACUGGCCAGGCAAGAUUGAUUUGACCUCAUUCCAGUAAUGGGUGGGACCUAUAGCAUCUAAUAGAGUUCAGUGUAGUGAAGAACCUCUUUAAAAGACCUAAUGUCUGAGCUCCAAGAGCAUUUUGGCCUGAGGCCCCCAAAUAGCUCCUGCUCUUUAGUCAGGUCUAUACUAUGGCUCUUGGACAAAGCAUUUAGGCAGGAGACAGAUUCUGAUGGGGAGCCUUGAGCCUAAGUCUACUGUCUGCAUAAUGAGUGGGCUGGUAUCUUCCUAUAUUCAAUAUCAGAUAAAAGGACCUCUAUUAAAACAUUUUUUUCCCUCUU